AAAACCAGACAAAAUCUCAACAAUUACAUUUUAUUGCUGGAAAUGGAUCUAUGAUCCUUCCUUUAGCUCUAUCCUCCGACUGCACAACGUAAUCGGAAAACUUGAUAAUCGAUAGGAAAAGAGAAGAAAAGAAAAUGGUGACAGGGGGGCUUGCUCCGGGGCUGUCGCGUAAACUGAAGAAGGUAUUGGAAUGCCGGACUGAUACCCCCGAAGUUUUGGCUUCUCUCAAUACUCUCUCCACUUUCUACACCGAAAACACUCCCCAGGCGCGUCGCAAUCUCAGAUCCACCAUUGAGAAGCGCUCUCUCCAAAUCAACCUUGAUUUCCUCCGUGCUUCCCAGGCUGCUCAACUCGCUUUAGAUCGAGUCGAGGACGAGGUCAAUUCCCUCGCCGACUGCUGCGAUAAGAUUGCGAAGGCGUUGAGCAGUUGCAGUGCUAGCACCGGUGAUAUUAUCAAUACAACCGAGAGGUUGAACCAGGAACUUGAAGUUACCACUCAGAAGCAGCAGAUAGUCUCCUACUUCCUUCGAGAUUAUCAGCUUUCUCCUCAAGAGAUUAGUGCAUUGAGAGAUGAAGAGCUGAACGAAAAUUUCUUCAAGGCACUUUCUCACGUUCAAGAAAUUCAUGCCAAUUGCAAAAUACUUCUCAGGACCCAUCAUCAGCGUGCUGGGUUGGAGCUGAUGGAUAUGAUGGCUAUGUACCAAGAAGGAGCUUAUGAGCGACUAUGCAGGUGGGUUCAGGCAGAAUGUAGGAAACUGGGUGAUACUGAUAAUCCAGAAGUUGGUGACCUUUUGAAAACAGCUGUGCGCUGCCUCAAGGAAAGGCCUGUCCUUUUCAAGUAUUGUGCAGAAGAGGUAGCAAAUAUGAGACAUAAUGCAUUAUUUAGAAGAUUUAUAAGUGCUCUUACACGAGGAGGACCGGGUGGGAUGCCAAGACCAAUAGAAGUGCAUGCUCAUGAUCCCUUACGUUAUGUUGGAGACAUGCUAGGAUGGUUACAUCAGGCCUUGGCAUCAGAACGUGAGCUUGUGCUUGCUUUACUUGAUCCCGACGCAUUGAUAGAAACUGGAUCAGCUGCAAACCCAUUCAACAAGAAUGUGGAGAAUGAUUUUGGAAAGAUUGAAGCAGACUUGACAUUUGUUCUGGAUAGAAUUUUUGAAGGAGUUUGCCGGCCUUUUAAAGUGAGAGUUGAGCAAGUUUUACAGUCACAACCUAGCCUUAUAAUCUCUUAUAAACUUAGUAACACUCUAGAGUUCUACAGCUACACUAUAUCAGAUCUACUGGGGAGAGAGACAUCUCUCUGCAAUACGCUUUGGGCACUCAAAGAUGCUGCUCAGAAAACAUUCUUUGAAAUUCUGAAAAGCCGCGGGGAAAAGCUUUUACGAUAUCCUCCCCUUGUUGCUGUUGAUCUUUCACCUGCACCAGCUGUAAGGGAAGGAGUCUCUGUGCUGCUCGAGAUAAUUGACACAUAUAACAGCAUGAUGGUUCCUGCUUCAGGGAAAAAGCCACCUUUUGAUCCGGUUAUAUCUGCUUUACUUGAUCCAAUUAUUCAGAUGUGUGAGCAAGCAGCAGAGGCACACAAAUCAAAGGGAGCUGGCCACUCAUCAAGAAGAAGUCGAAUGAGUUCCGACUCGGGCCAGCUUAGUAAAUCUGCAGUUGAUGCAAUUUUGUCAAAUAACAACUCUGCUACUUUCUCUCAGGUUAAUAAAAACACUGAAGCUCCAUCCAAGAUCUUCCUUAUCAACUGCUUGUGUGCUAUUCAACAACCAUUACUCGGACAUGAGGUUGCAGCUGAAUAUGCAAAGAAACUUGGCACUACGAUUGAUAAUCAUGUAAAUGUUCUCGUGGAAAAAGAAGUUGACACAAUUCUUAGAAGAUGUGAUUUAUCAACGAAGAUGCAUCACUUCCAUAAUUGGUUUAACAAGGAUACAACAGCUGGGACGCCAUUGGCUGAGUUAGAAGACACAACUCCAGCUUCUCUUUCAGAGUGUUUGAAGGCCUUUUUCGGAUUUAUUUUGGGAAGUGACAGUUCGCUGCCUGAGUUUGAACAAAUGCAAGUUCCAAAGUUGCGUUCUGAUGCGUGUAUACAGGUAGCUAAGUCAUUAGCAGACACUUAUGAGCUUAUUUACAAUGCAAUCAUGGAUCCCAAAAACAAAUACCCAGAUCCCAAAUCACUGGCAAGGCAUCCUCCAGAUCAAAUAAGAACCAUUUUGGGAAUAUGAGGCUGUAGACCAUAUUUGCUUUUAAAAUGUUUGUAAAGAAACAGUCAUGCUUUGGAGUAGUAGAAACUUUUGUUGGCUUUUUAUUCUUCAGUAAUAGUUAGAGGAUUUAUUUUCCAAAUACAGAAAUAACUAUUUUUGUAUCAUUGACAAUGUAUCUUCUUUGAUUAUGGCUGCAUAUGUGUCGAUGACAGGCUUAUGCUUCUGGUUGUUCGUUUGUGUGAAUUGGUAUAUAAUAGAUUUAUGUGAAUUUUUAUGUUUCUCAA